GGUGGGGGACGAGGGCGGUGAGAGAGCCGGGUUGGGGACGACUGAUUACAUAAGGUAGCCAAGCCAAGCUGUUCCUGGGCGAGCCGAGGUUCUCAUCCUCGGUUGCCGGGCCCGUUCACGUCGCUGGCCGGAGCCAUCUCAGCCGCGCAGCGGUGCAACCUCCUACCACGAUGGCCGUUUCAACAUUCCAACGUCUCACUCCUGGAGUGACAUAGCACGGGGAUGUUCUCUAAAGAAUUUUCUGUUGAACUGAUCCUCGAAACCAUCGACAACAUGUCCCAAUCACCGCCCAAGGUCGUCCUCUUCGACAUCGGCGGUGUUUGCGUCGUCUCCCCCUUCCAAUCCAUCCUAGACUACGAGCUGAGCCGAGGCAUUCCGCCAGGCUGGAUCAACUACUCCAUCGCCAAGUCCGCGCCCAACGGAUUCUGGCAUCGGCUCGAGACGGGCAGCAUCCCGAUGGACGCCGCCUUCUUCGCCGGCUUCAACGCAGACCUGCAUGACCAGUCCCGCUGGGAAGCCUUCUACCGCGCCCAGCAGGCCCGCAACCCUUCCGUUUCUUCUUCUUCCCUGCCCAAGCAGGAGGUGCCCCCACUGCCACAGGUCGACGGCGAGUGGCUGUUCCACGACAUGAUGGCCGCGGCGAGGGCGCCCGAUCCGUGGAUGUACCCGGCGCUGAAGGCGCUGAAGGCGAGCGGGCAGUACAUGGUCGCCGCGCUGAGCAACACGGUCAUCUUCCCGCCGGACCACGUGUACUCACAGAAGGAUUUCCUCGACGAUCCCGUGCGGAGCCUGUUUGACGUGUUUGUGUCGUCCGCGCAUGUGGGGCUGAGGAAGCCUGAUCCUAGAAUCUACCAGUUGGCGCUGGAGAGGGUGGAUGAGUUUGCCAAGGCGAAUGCGGACUCGGAUAGGGGCCGGGCGCUGGGGUGGUCGGAGGGCGUCAGCGCCGGGGAGAUCGUGUUCCUAGAUGAUAUCGGCGAGAAUCUGAAGGCGGCCAAGGCCGCUGGUUUUCGGACUAUUAGGGUGCCGCUGGGGAGGGCGUAUGAAGCCGUGGAAGAACUUGAGAAGGUGACGGGCCUGAAGCUGGCGGGUGAUCAUCCGAAAAUUCCUGUCAAGCCGAACUUCAGGGGCAGUAAGGCGAAGAUCUGAGACGCUCUUAUUAGGUCUGGGCUCGGGGGGCGAGAUUCACAUGGCAGCAAUGAUACCCAAGACG